GUUGUGUGGCAGACUGUUAUAGUCGAUUCAUAGCUAUGAUCCGUAUCCGAUUUCGGAUUUCCUGGUAGGAUUAGGGUUUUGGGAAAGAACCAAAUACAUUUAUUUUAGCUAGUCUUUUCUGAAAAUAAACAUUUUCGUAUGAUUAGGGCAUUUAGAGUACAGUGCGACUCUGGUAUUACGACUCAGUUAACUUAUACAGGGUGGCGGAAACAAAGCGCUGAUUUUAUUUGUGAAGGGAAUCGGUUAGUCGGCUAGCUUUAGCUUUUAGCCUGUACUGUUGGACAUGUCUGCCUCGGACGGUGCCUCUCCGUCAGCCCAGGGCACGGCCCUGGUCAGUCCAGGCACGGGGAUGUCCAUGUUUCGGUGGCUUGAGGUUCUGGAGAAGGAGUUUGACAAGGCGUUUGUUGACGUCGAUUUACUACUUGGAGAAAUCGACCCAGAUCAAGCUGACAUCACAUACGAGGGUCGUCAAAAGAUGACAAGUCUCAGCUCUUGUUUUGCUCAGCUUUGCCACAAAGCCCAGACGAUUUUUCAACUUAAUCACAAAGUAGAGGCUCAGCUGGUGGACCUGCGUUCGGAGCUGACUGACGUGCAGGCGGAGAAGGUGGUGGUGGAGAGGGAGGUCCACGACCAGCUGCUCCACCUUCAUGCCAUGCAGCUGCAGCUUCAUGCCAAGGCUGGACAGACUGUGGACUCUGACGCCAUCAAAGACAGGAUGCCUGUUCCCUCAGUGGAGGAGAUGGAGAGGGAGCUGCAGGCCAACAAGAAGGAGAAGGUGAAGGAGGUGAAGCUGGAGGCAGAGGUCAAGCUGCAUAAGAAGGAGAAUGAGGCCCUCCGUAGGCACGUCGCUGUACUGCAGGCUGAGGUCUAUGGGGCAAGAUUGGCAGCCAAGUACCUGGACAAGGAGCUGGCUGGAAGAGUACAGCAGAUCCAGCUGCUGGGUCGGGACAUGAAGGGGCCCGCUCACGACAAGCUGUGGAACCAACUGGAGGCUGAGAUCCACCUCCACCGCCACAAAACAGUUAUCCGGGCCUGCAGGGGGCGCAACGACCCCAAGAAACCCCUAGAGUCUCCAGUGGGGCAUGAAACAGAUAUACUGAAGAAGACUCAAGGAGUUGGUCCUAUUCGUAAAGUAGUGCUGGCCAAAGAAGAUCACGAGGGACUUGGAAUUUCAAUCACGGGUGGUAAGGAACACGGGGUGCCCAUCCUGAUCUCAGAAAUCCAUCCUACCCAGCCUGCGGAGCGCUGUGGCGGGCUCCAUGUGGGCGAUGCCAUCCUGGCUGUCAACAGCAUCAACCUGAGGGACGCCAAACACAAGGAGGCUGUCACCAUCCUCUCACAACAGAGGGGAGAGAUAGAGUUUGAGGUGGUGUACGUGGCCCCGGAGGUGGACUCUGACGAUGAGAACGUGGAGUAUGAGGAUGACAGCGGCCAUCGCUACCGCCUCUACCUGGAUGAGCUGGAGGAGGGGUCAGCCGCCAGCAGGAACAACGGCACAGCAGACUCAGCAUCACUGCAAGCCCUGGAAAAGAUGUCCGUGGGUGACGGCCCAGAGAACGGAGACACAGGGAUCUUCAGUGAGACGCCAUCGGAGGAGACUCCGUCUAAGACUGCUGGGUCCGGAAAGAGCACCUCCUAGAGCGGUGGGGAGGAUCUGGAGGAAUGGGGAGGGGUGCAGAGGAGGAUGGAGAAGAGCUGAAAGACUGGACUGCACAUGUAUUUUUGUACUAUACUCUAUGAGAUUUGAGAGACUGGACUGCAUCUGAGUCCACUGGAGGAUGUAUGAGGGGAGAAAUGGGGAUAAAGUCGACUCGUCAUUAAGUCGUCAUGGAAACGCACUCAAAGCUCUUUUGAAUUCCUGUUACUAUCAUUCUGCAACGGUGAGGAGCCAAUGAGAGAAGACUACAGAUUGAGAAGAUGUGGGUCUAGAUGAUUGAAUGGAUGGACUAAGUGGUAUUUUUCUGUGUGUAUAGUUACUGAUCCUAUUUGCCCCCGACAUUAAGACGACACUUCCUUACUGUGAGACUGCCCUGCUGGUAAUGAAUACUGUUUUACUAGGCUGAGGAAAUCUUCUCCCUUCAUAAAUGUUGGCUUUUUUAUUUAUCUCUUACACAUGUAGCUUGUGUAGAGGGGUUUCCCUCAACUGUAAUGUUCAUCUUCUACCACUGAUUAUGAUCUCAUGUUUACUCCCAUGUCAAACCUGCACCGCUCUAAGAUCCACCUACAAGUAGGCUUAGCCCUCAAGUGUUCAGAAUAUAGAACAGCCACAUUCACCUAUUGGAUGUCAAAACAGAAUGUACAGAAAGACUUGUCAGAAUUCAAAGGAUUUCAACUAUUAGGGUGUGCCCUCUGUGUUUGAUCAAUGGUAUCACAGAAUGUUACCAUAGUCCUCAUUACACAACAUUUUCAUUUAAAGAUGGGGCCCUCUGAGCAAUGCAUCUUGUGUGCUACCUCGUUGUCUUCAUACUGUUCAAUGUCCUUGCCGUUUACUCUGAGGUGCACACACACUGGCUAAUGUUCUCUGAAAACAAGUUGUGUAUGACAAAGUUACUGAUAACUCUGGAAGUAUUUAUUUCACAAAUAUAUAUAUAUAAUUACCACAAGCUCCGUUGCCAGAAAUUAGAAGUGCAAUAUCUUUAAACUAAACUAGGAUUUCUCCUUUACCGCCUUUGUUCUUGUCCCUUUUCACGUAAAGUACAUAUCUUUCUUGUCCCUGAAGUUCCUUCUCUGUAUUGUUUUCCCACCCUUCUCUGUUACUGGUGUGCUGUGAUCUUGUAUCAGUGGUUGUGUUUUCAGACUCGUUAGGACCCAAAAGAUGACUGACGGCCGUGUCGGCUGCACCGUAUGCAGAUAUUAAGAGUGGUUAUCAACCUGUCUGAGGGAUGGGAGUUUCCAGCUUUAAUCUAUGAAUUUCACACAACCAAAAGGUCUGUGUGCAUGCAAACAGGUUUUUAUGCACUGAAGAUCAAUUUCAAAAUAAAAUCCACAAACUAUCAUCUUUGAGACUAGAAAGUUCUAUGUAUACUAUAUAAAUGUAUUAGCUGUUUUAAACUUGAAAUCAGUGCAUUUCUGUAGAUCAUAUUGGAAUUUAGCUACUGUAGUAGCUAGCAUCUCUCUACUGUACUCAUUACAAAUGUACCCCCAUACUGAGGGCUGAGGGGUUGAGGUGGUCAUGAUGACAACCUGCAGCCUUGUGUUCCAAUCUUGACCUCAUUCAUAGCUAAUCUGCAGUUACUGUUUAUUUAAUUUCGUAUCUACACUAAACAAAAAUUUAAAUGCAAUAUUUAAAGUGUUGGUCUCAUGUUUCAUGAGCUGAAAUAAAAGAUCCUAGAAUUUUUCCAUAUGCACAGAAAGCUUAUUUCUCAAAAAAUGGUUUAUCCCUAUUAGUGAACAUUUUCUCCUUUGCCAAGAUAAUCCAUCCACCUGACAGGUAUGGCAUAUCAAUAAGCGGCAGGAAUGUCCACCAGAGCUGAUGCCAGGGACUUGAAUGUUAAUUUCUCUACCAUAAGCCGCCUUCAAUGUCGUAUUUGAGAAUUUCACAGUACAUUCAACCAGCCUCACAACCACAGACCACGUGUAACCACGCCAGCCUAGGGCCUCCACAUCCGGUUUCUUCACCUGCGGGAUCGUCUGAGACCAGCCACCUGGACAGCUGAUGAAACUGAGUAUUUAUUUCUGCAAUAGUCCUUUUGUGGGGAAAAACUAAUUCUGAUUGGUAGGGCGUGGUUCCCAAAUGGGUGGACCUACCCCCUCCCAGGCCCACCCAUGGCUGUGCCCCUGCCCAGUCAUGUGAAAUCCAUAGAUUAGGGCCUCAUUUAUUUAUUUCAAUUGACUGAUUUCCUUAUGAACUGCAACUCUGUAAAAUCAGUUAAAAUGAUGCAUUUAUAUUUUUGGUCAGUAUAAGUUGCGCUUUGAUCAAACUCAAAUGCUCUUCAUGAAGGACGUGUCCAAGCCAAGGACAGUUCCCUGCUUAACGUUAGUGAAAUGACACACAGUGGCACUAGACAGCAGCAUGUCAUAGAGAAUGUUGUUGCCAGUGCUUCUGACUGAAGAAACAAAGGCUCCCUUUUUGGACACAGGUUUUACCUGACCUUGUUUUCUUUGCUUUUGAGGAAUACAAUUAUUUAUUUUUGUCAUAAAAUGGGUUUCUGAAAUGUUGGACGAUUUGGUAUAAAUGUCUUAUCUGUAGUUAAUGUAUAACAUGAAACCUUUGAAUAAACUUCAAUGUAUUUGCCCAA